CAAACAAUUGUUGUAGAGUUGCUUGUUGUCUUACUACUCACGACUCUCUUCUACCUUUUCUUUUUUUUCCUAUUCCCGUCGGUUGAAAUCAAACCAAAAAAAAAGGAAAAAAGUUGAAGAAGAGCAAUCAAUCAAUCUUCUUCUUCGUCUCGAUUAUACCUAAUGGAAAUCGAGGUCUCGAGCUCGAGGACUCACGAUACCGUCGAUUUGGAUAGCAUUCGUGUAAAGCGGAAGACGUUGCAGAAUCUGCUCGACGAUUGCCAGAGAGCUCUCGAGCUGCUCAAUCUCGCCGAUACUGCUUCUCCCGCCGGCGGAGAUAAAACCGAAACCGUUGGCUCAUCGUCGGAGAGGGAGGAGGAGCUUCCUUCUUCCGAUUCAGGAGAUCCCGAAGCCGAUAAAUUCUAUGAUCUCAUCAAGUCCAGAGUUGAAUGUCAUGGCUUUCGGGAGAAGAUUGAGCUAGCUCAAGUUUCGCUUCUCCAAGAUCUUGCUGAAGAAGGUAGCUGUUGGGAUGUAGUUAGUAAAGAUGAUUUAUGGGGUGAGGGGAGUUUGGGUCAAACGGAAGAUGAUGAUUAUGUUCUUGUUAGGGAAGAGGAUAUAGCUGACGGUAUCGCUUGUUUCAUGGCUACUUAUUUAUCUUCCCUUAAGCAGACUAAGGAUAUAUCACCUGAUCAGCUUCAGAAAGCACUUAGCACGAUGUUUUCAGUGAAGAAGCGAAAGGGGAAGCUUCGUAAAGCAUGGGAAGGAAGUAAAGUUAUUUACAACGUUGCUUCUUGGAGCGCUACUGCCAUAGGCAUAUAUCAAAACCCGAUGAUCCUGAGUAUUGCAUCCAAAGCCUUCUGGGUCUCUUGCAAGGCCAUAUCAAAGCUUGUCUGACUUGAAAGACACAUUCUCACUCACAUGGUGCUCAUAAAAGUUACAACAACUAUGUUUUAUAUCAAUUUAAUUUAUAUCUGUACAUAUGCCAUUUGUUUCAUCCUUCCUUUUCUGUGAUGUUAUUCUCAGUAGCAUGCAAUGUUAAAAGAUUAGUUUGAUCUCAAUAUUCAAUGUGCUUGUUUCUCAA